CAGAGGCUGCAGGGUGGGGGUUGGCAGUCGCUCUCCGUAGGCUGGGUCCUGUGACUAACACAGCUACCUUUUAAUAUUUGUGUGGCGCCGUGCCCGUGCCGAGCUGGCUCGCUUUCUCCCUCCUGCAACGCCAAGGUAUAAAACAGUCACCGAAGCGAAUGCGUCUCCGUGGAGGGAAGAGGCUUCACGGGGGCAGAUGGGGCUUUCUGACAAUGCGCCCAUUUAGUAAGACGUUCCAGUCCCGAAUCGGUGGCAGCUUGCCACAGGCCGAGGCUGGCUUUUUGUGCCGUGCGCCUUUAAAGAAAGCAGACUCCUUGCUGUGACGUCUCUCUGGCUCCCGGCCAGGAAGGGGGGGACCAUCUCCUGCCAGCCUGAGAAGAAAACCAACAACUUUUCUGUUGUGUGUGGUUUCUCUUUUUUUUUUUUGUCUCUUUCACCGGUUUUAAAUGCUAAUGGCGGAUUCAAAACCUUACCCAGGUUGUGGCUUUUAGAAGUCUGGUGCAGAGGGUAAGCUGGCAGCGUUGCAAGGAUGCCUCUUCACACCUCGAGAGCCACGGCUCUUCUUGCCUGGAUCAACAGUCUGAAAGUUGACAGUGCCCUUGAUGACCUGGCACAGCUCCAGGACUGCAGCGUCUUCAUCAAGAUCAUUAACAAACUCCAUGACACGGAGGAGGGAGAGUCAGCUCUGCAGCAGCCCCUGCCGGAGAGGAUAGCGUUUAUCUGCAGCUUUCUACAGAAGCACUGCAAGCACAAGGCCACCAUGGAGAGCCUGGUGUCAGUGGAGAAGCUCUUGGAGGGAGAGGAGCUAGAGCUGGCUAAGGUGACUGUGCUACUCCUGUACCACACCUCCAUAAGUACCAAAAGCCCCAAGGAUUGGAAUGAAUUUGAGUACAAAAUCCAGGUUGAGCUGGCCACCAUUCUCAAGUUCGUGCUGGACAAUGAAGAGGGCCUCAGCGAGAGCCUGGAGAUCUUCCUGCAGAAGAGAGCAUCAUCAUGUAGUGUCUCCAGCAGCAGCUCUGAGGAGCAUUCCCCAAUGUUCUCCCGCCAGCACCCGCGCGAGGUGCGCUUCCUGGAGCUGCAGAAGAUUGCCUCCUCCUCCAGCCUGAAUAACUUCCUUCCUGGCAUGCCUGCUUCACCCAUGGGUGACAUCCUGCAGACCCCCCAGUUCCAGCUGAGACGACUGAAGAAGCAGCUGGUGGCAGAGAGGGAGAACCGGGAUGAGCUGGAGCUGGAACUGGCAGAGAACCGCAAACUCCUCACAGAGAAGGAGACUCAAAUAACCAUGCUGCAGCAGCGGAUUGACCGCCUGACCCUUCUGAAUGAGAGGCAAGCUGCUGAGCAGCUGGAGCCCAAAGAGCUGGAAGAGCUGCGGGAGAAGAAUGAGAGCCUGAUGAUGCGUUUGCACGAAGCUUUAAAACAGUGUCAAGACCUGAGGACUGAAAAGGGUCAGAUGGACCGAAAGAUCACCCAGCUCUCAGAGGAGAACGGGGACCUCUCCUUCAAGCUGCGGGAGUUCGCCAGCCACCUGAUGCAGCUGCAAGAAGCUCUGAACGAGCUCUCUGAAGAGCACAGCGCGGCGCUGACACAGGGGGGUGAGAAGCAAACCCACCUGGAGAGCGAGCUCCACAACGCCAUCCAGGAGAAGAAAUGUUUGGAAGAGAAGAUAGAGAUUCUGCAGGGGAAGAUCUCCUUGCUGGAGGACCAGCUGGCGAAGCUGGGGGAUGGCGCCAUGCAGGAGAAAGGAGAGGUUAUGGGAGACGUCCUCCAGCUUGAAGAUCUAAAGCAGGAAGUAGGAAGCCUCACCGCUAAGGUGAUAGAGCUCCAAGCCACCAUCCUUCGGCUGGAGGAGGAGAAGAGCCUGCAUGAGGCGAACCUCCAAACUGAACAGAAUCACUUCAAAGAGGAGAAAGCUCAGCUCAUGGAGCUCAUUGGCAGCCUCCAGAGCUCUGUCUCCGAGAUCCACCAGGGCAAAGAGAAGCUGGAGCAGGACUCCCGAGAGCAGGAGGCACGCCUGACGGCUCAGGUGAACACUCUCACUGCAGAGAUCGCCAAGCUCAAUGCCUUCGUCCUCCAGAAGGAGCAGGAGCUGAUGAGUCUGCACCAGCGGGUGCAAGAGGAAAGGACCCAGAAGGGACAGCUAGCAGAAGACCUCCAGAAGCAAGAACAGUCUUCCAGGGAGACGAUCCAGGGGCUGAGCCUCCAAGUGGACCAGCUGAGCAGCACCCUGAAGCACAAUGAGGAGAAACUGCUGCACGUCACCCAGCAGAUGGAAGUGACCAGCCAGGGGGAGGCCAGGCAGCUGGCUGCCUUGAGAGAAGAGCACGAAAAGGCCCUCCAGGAGAGGGAACUGGCUGUGCUACAGCUCCAGGAAUUCCAGCAGGGAAAAGAGGCAGAGCUGGCAGCCCUGGCCACCCAGCUGCAAACCUUGGAGAAAGCCAGAGACACCAACCAAGCCUCUGUGCUAGAGCUGCAGAGGAAGAAAGCCCAGCUGGGCCAGAGGGUCCAAGACCUGGAUGCCAGAGUCCUUGAGCUCACUGCAAAGUGCCAGCAGAGCGAGGUCCAGGCAGCAGCAGCCGAGUCGCUGAAAGCCCAGCUCCGAGAAGCGGAGACCAAGCUGAAAGAAGGUCAGCAGAAGCUUUUGGAGAAAGAAAAGCUGGCCAAGGAAAAUGCCCGGCUCCAGGAGCGACUCCUGUUCCUGGAAGAGUCGGUCCGGAACACCGAGGGGAUCUUGGAGGAUGAGAAAAGGAGGGCUUCCGAGACCCUCGAAGGGAACCUGGCACGGAUAAACGAGCUGGAGACUGAAAUCCAGAAGCUGUCGGAGCACCGAGAUCAGAUGGCUCGGGAGGUGGGUGAGGAGAAAGCUAAGGGACAAGCGCUGGAAAGGCAGCUGCAGCAGGUGGGAGACGAGUAUAGGGAGAAGGUGGAGACGCUGCAACGUCAACUGGCGAAAAUAUCCUCAGUGGCCAAAGGGGAUGAAGGUGCGCGCGAGCAGCUGAAGGAGCAGGUGAGAGCCCUGAGCAAAGACCACCAAGAGGCCUGCCGGCAGCUGCAGAAGGAGCAGGGAAAAGUGGCCGAGCUGGAGGAAAGGAUCCAAGAGCAGCAGGAGAGGCUGGCGCUGGCUCAGUCGGACCUUGCUGGCUCCCUGGCACGGUUCAAGGAGAAGGAGAGCGCGGAGCAGAAGCUGAAGGCCAAUCUCUCUUCUCUGCAGGAGAAGAUGGCGGCUUCUGACCAGGAAACAGCCCAGCGGGUUGCCCAGCUGCAGGCAGAAGUGAGAAAAAUGGCUGGGGCCCUCGAGGGGGUCACCAAGGAGCUGUCUGAGGAAAGGCUCAGGAAGACUGAGCUGGAAGCAAAAGUGAAGCGUCUCCGAGAGCAGAAGAACAAGGACCUCACCAUGGCGGAGGCCGACCUUGCCCGCGCUUCAUCAGUCACAAAGGAGAAGGAACUGGAAGCAGAGAAGCUGUCCGGGGAGGUCAAGCGGCUGAAUGCCAGGCUGGAAGAAACCCUGCAGGCUCACAAACACGAGCUAGCCCGGCGGGGCAAGGAAGCCGAGCACCUGGCUCAGGAGAUGGAGCAAGUCAAGGCAGACCUGGCAGCGGAGAAGGCUGGCAAGGCAGAGCUGGAUGUCCAGCUGCAGAACGCCCUCAAUGAGCAGAGGACUGAGCGUGCCGCACACCAGGAGGAGCUGGCCAGGUCCUUGGAGCUCAUCGAGGAGAAGGAAGGGGAGCUGGAGGAGCUCCGUCUGAAAAAUGUCUCUCGCGGUGAGGAGCUGAGAGACCUGCAGAAGACAGUGAACAAGCUGAAAGGGGAGCUCGCCUCUGUGGAGGCCCUGAAGGAGCGGGCGGCCAAGAUGGAGAGCGAGCUGCAGGGCUUCCUGGAGGUUGCCAGAACCCGAGAGGCAGAGAUCGACAGCAUCAAGUCCAUUGUGUACUCCAAGGAGAUGUCCCUCAAAAGCCUGGAGGAGAAGAUCCGGCACAGGGAGCAGGAAUCCAGCUCCUGCCAAGACCUCUAUCAGGAGAAGCUGAAGGAGACCGAGGUGCUGAACUCGGAAGUGCAGAAACUAGAGCAGAAGUGCAGGGAGCAGCAAGACACCAUCACCAGCCUGGAAAGAGCGGCCGCUGAGACCAAAGCUAUGACAGCCAAACACCAGGAAGCAGAGCUGGAAGCCUUGAGGGAGAUAGGGCAGCAGAAAGCAAAGAUGUCUGAGCUGGAGAAACUCCUUGAAGCCUCUAAAUCAACCCAGGCUGGACAGGGGGGCACCAUAGAGGCCCUGAAGAAGGAGCUGCUGGAGAAGGGGAAAGAGCUGUCUCGGAGCAGAGAGGCCAUCGCAGCAGCAGAGAAGGAGUUGGCGUCUCUACGUUCUUCUGCUCAAGAGAAGGGCAAGUUGGAGGAGAGCUGGAAAGAACAAGUGUCACAGUGUCUCCAGGAGGUGGAGAGGAAGAACAGCCUGAUCAGCAGCUUGCAGCAGGAGAGGUCCAUCUUCCAUCGGCAGGCGGUGGAGAAGGAAGGGGAGAGCAAGGAGCUGAAGCGCUUGAUCACGUCGGAGUCGGAGAAGAGCAGGAAGCUGGAGGAGCGGCUGCGGAUCCUCCAGACGGAAAUGGCCACCGCCGCCUCUCGCGCCGCCGAGAGGGGGUGCUCCAUCAUGAAGGCCGAAGUGCAGAACUACCAGGAAGAGACGGAGAAGCAGAAGGCAUCCAUCGAUGCCCUGAAGAGGCAGCUGAACUCCCAAGGCGAACGCCAGGAGGAGCUCCGCGCAGAGGUGAAGGCCUGGCAGGAGAAGUACUUCCAAAAGGAACAGCUCUUGUCCUCCCUGCAGCAAGAACUCGCCAAAGCCCAAGCCCUUGUUGGGGAGCUCAUGCCCAUGAAACGUCUGUACCAGCAGCAGCAGGUCGAGCAGUCCUCUCUGGAAAGCAAGCACCGGGAAGAGCUGGAGCAGAGGCAGAGAGCUGCCAGCACCUUGCAAGCAGAGCUCGCCAAGGCCAAGCUGGAAUUGGCAGAGGUCCGCAGCGUGAAAGAGAGGUUCUCCGAACAAGACCGAGCGGUGCAGAGGCUGCAAGUGGAGAACGCCAGCUACCUGGAGCGUCUCGCCGUGCUCCAGCAGGCCAAUGCCAGGUUGGCCGAGGAGAACAGAGGGCUCAGCGAGAAGUCCAGCCAUGGGCGGCAGAAGUUCGACGCUGAGCUCAGCCAGCUGAAGGAGAAGCACGCCCAAGAGCUGGAGCGCCUCAAGCUGGAGUCAGGGAAGCUGGUGGCUGGGAGCAAGCAGGAGGCUGAAGAAGCCGUGAAGAAGCUGGAAGCAAUGACGAACAAGUACGAGAAUGCCAAAGUCAAGGUCCUUGAGGAGAGGCAGAAAUUCCAGGAGGAGAGACAGAAGCUGGUGUCUCAGGUGGAGCAGCUAGAGGUAUUUCAGAAAGAACAAGCUAAGCAGGUAGAGGAGCUGAACAAAAAAGUGGCCCAGCAUGAAAGAGCCACUCGCGCCCAGCAGCAGAAAGUGAAGGUGCUGGAAGGGGAGCUCCAGGAAGAGGCUAGCCGCCAGCAGGAGAAGAUCUCAGAGCUGCAGGAGCAGCUGGCCCAGAAGGAGCAGGCUGCAGAGCACUACAAGGCUCAGAUGGAGAAGGCAAAGACUUUCUAUGAUGCCAAGAAGCAGCAGAACCAGGACCUGGCCGAGAAGCUGAAAGGGCUGGAGCAGCUGCAGACGGAGAACGCGGAGCUCAAGGCUGAGUCGGAGCGGCUGGCCAAGGAGCUACAGCAGACCAUCCUGCAGGCCAAGGAGUCGGAGCUCAGCUGCAGGAACCUCAGCAGCCAGGUCCGCAGCCUGGAGGCUCAGGUGGAGUUUGCAGACCGCCAGCUCCGGGAGCUGGGCAAGUCCCAAGUGGCUGCUGACCCCCUGAAGAGCCGAGACCCCUUCAGUCAUCACCCCGGCGACAUCAGCACCGACAGUCUGGACCUGAGCAGUGACGAGUUGCAGCCGCUCAACUCCACCAGGAAACCGGGCCGUUCCAAGUCGGAGACCUCCGCUGUGCCCGACAGUGCCGAAUCGAUUGCGUCCCAGCGCCUGCCGCGGAAGGUGGAGUCCCUGGAGAGCCUCUACUUUACACCCAUCCCCAGCCGCACCCAGUCCAAGCUGGAGAGCAGCCUGGGCUCCCUGGGCGACCUGUCACUCGACUCCGGCUGCAAGACCCGCUCGGCGCGCCGGCGCACCACGCAGGUCAUCAACAUCACCAUGACGAAGAAGGAACCCGACACCGCCGCCGACACGUCUUUCUACAGCCUCCGGUCAGAGCCGUCCCAGAAGAGCCCCCUGGCCAAGGGCAGGCUGCGCUCGGGGGUCUCCACCCGCUCGCUCACCAGCUGCCCCUCUCGGGAAUCCCUCGCCAAGCCAGAAGCCACCUCGCCCGAAGAGACCCCGGGCAACUCUGCGCUGCUCAGCCUGCCUGGCUACCGGCCUGCCACCCGCAGCUCCCUGCGCCGCUCUCAGGCAGGCAGCAGCACCAGCCUCGGCCGGAGCAGCCUCUACCUGGGCACGUGCCAAGACGAACCAGAGCAGCUGGACGACUGGAACCGCAUCGCUGAGCUGCAGCAGCGCAACAGGGUGUGUCCUCCCCACCUGAAGACCUGCUACCCCUUGGAGACGAGGCCCUCCAGCUCCUUGACGGCCAUCACGGACGAGGACGUGAAAACAGGCGACCCGCAGGAGACGCUGCGCCGGGCCAGCAUGCAGCCCUCGCAGAUCGCUGAGGCCAUGGGCCCCCGCCACAGCACGCUCGGCGCCAGCUGGCGGGGAGGCAUCACCACCCGGCAGCAGAGAAAGCGGCUCUCGGGCGAAUCUCACCAGGGCCCAGACACCCCUGAGUCCAAGAAGUCAACCAGCUGCUUCCCGCGUCCCCAGACCCCCAAGGACCGCAACGAGGAGCGCAAGCGCAGCGCCCAGGGCAGCAAAAAGGGCGAGUUGCAGGGAGCCAGCAAGCAGUCAGAGAGGCGCCAGUCCAUGGCGUUCAGCAUCUUGAACACACCCAAGAAGCUGGGGAGCAGCUUGCUGCGCCGUGGCGCCAACCGGAAAACCACUCCCAAGAACUCCCCGCGCGGCAGCACCCGGCGCUCCCCCCGCAUCGCCACGGCCAAGUCGCCCAAGGGCAAGGCCAACCACAAGUCGCUCAAGGACAUGAAAUUCUAAGCGCGCUCCUGGCCGCGCUGCCUGCCUGGGCAGAGGCCGUCCUGGGCGCUUUCACCUCCAGCCUGUCGCCAGCCGCCUUCCAUCUCGCCACCGCUGCCCUCACUCCCUCCCUACUCGAAAGCCACCAGCAAGGCUGCCCCUGACGGACGCUGCGCUGCCGGAGGAGAGGAGAGGGAUGGAGGGGCCUGGAUUCCAGCCGUGACGAGUUCCCAGACAUCACCCCUGCACUGAAGUCGCGCCGGGCAGGUACCGUUCCAUGCGCCUGAGCGGAGUCUGCAGGGAGUGCCCCAGCUCCCUGCGAGGCGGAGGGGGCUGUGGAGGCGUUGGCACCUCAACCCCCUUCUCCGGCCGUCAGAGGAUGCAAUGUGCCUGGUGUGCAGAGCAGAGGCCGGCAGUGGGCACUGCUCCCCUGCAUGGCCCGGUUCUCCCAGCUCCUCCCCCCGCCCGAGCCCAGCGUGCCUGCCACAGGAUGUGGCUUUCCUGGCAGGGCCACCUUGUAACGUCCUCCAUCCCCCACGGCCCUGCUUGCGGUGCUGGGGGCAGCGCUUGUACAGAGCCCGGGAGCCAGCAGGCCGCUACGCGCCGGCCCUGGCGCUAGUAUCAUGUACGUACUAAUUCCUUAUCAUGAGCAUAUCUCCAGUUUGUGCUUGGGCCUUGCUUGCCUGGCAGCUUCUCGCAGGACCUGUAAUGGGGGCUCCCUGCUCCGUAGCAGCUCCUCGCUCAGCCUCUCCCGCUCCCCUGCCCAGACCCAUCUCCUCAUGUGCUGGAGGGAGCUGGGUCUUCCCUGCGUGGGCAUUAAGCGCACGGGGCUGACCGGAGCCACGUCUCCAGGGCAGGCCACUGCCAUGCGGGCUGCAGCCAUGGGGCAUCUCCCUCCACAACGACUUCUUGUGGCCUGGCAGCCCCGGAAGUGCCUGCAGCGGAUCCAGAGGGGCAGCCCUGCUGCCAGGGCCGCUGGCCGCGUGCAACUUGCUCGGCCCUAGGGGCACCGGGAUCGUGGCCUUAAUGGGACAGGGGAGAGCGGGAGCAGUACAGCCCUGGCAUCCCUGCAGGGACCCUCGCAUGUCUGUGUCGGUAGGGUUCGGUGGCUAUGCCUUGGCUCCCUGCCCCGCCUGCGGGUACUAGCCAUGGCAGCCAUGCCAGGAAGGUGCCCCUUGUUUCCUUGACCCAAAGCUCCAGUGUCCCCCAUCCUCCUCAUGUCCCUCGCAAGCAGCGGCUUCUCCAGCCCCCGGCAGGGGUGUGGCAAGGGCAGGGAGAGCCGCCUGCAGAGGGGACCCCUCUGGGCAGCCCCCCAGCCCUUGCCCCCUGCCCCCUUGGCCCAGUUGGCAACAAAACGUUGUUUUUAAAUGUUUCUACUCUGUAAAUAAACUGUAUUUUUCUCCUGA